AUGGCGGGCAUCUGCAGGAACCGCCUAGCCGAAGAGCGUAAGCAGUGGCGCAAAGACCAUCCAUUCGGGUUCUACGCACGUCCAGCCAAAGCAUCUGAUGGCUCUCUCGACCUCAUGAACUGGGAAGUCGGCAUUCCUGGCAAGGCAAAUACACCAUGGGAAGGCGGACUGUACAAACUCCGCAUGAUCUUCCCUGAAGAAUACCCCUCCAAACCACCCAAGUGCAAGUUCACCCCUCCGCUCUUCCACCCUAACGUCUUCCCCUCUGGCACCGUCUGUCUUUCCAUCCUCGACGAAGAUAAGGGUUGGAAACCAGCUAUCACGAUCAAGCAGAUCUUAUUGGGCAUUCAGGACUUGCUCAACGAUCCAAACCCACACGAUCCCGCUCAGAGCGAAGCAUUCACCAUGUUUCAAAAGGAUGCUACGGCCUAUGAACGAAGAGUGCGACAGCAGGCCCGGGAGAUGGCUACCGCUGCCUGA